UCACAUGCGAGACGGGAUAUACCACCGAGACCAUCACGGGAUCUACAUGUUGUAGUACGUUUGUCUCUAUACCUCAUCUCACUAAGCUGCCUUCUUGGCGGGCUGCUCGUUUGCUAACAGACCUUGCCUUCUCACUUUCACCUCGACACGCUUACCCCGCUCGUCGGGUACAAAAAGUCGGCUCGUUGCCUAUGCUAUACCUUCUUGUCGCAACAAUCCAAUAUGGCUCACUCAGCACCACCACCACCUGACGGAAUGUCCACGGAAGAGCUUGCGGAGGCGAUUAUGGUCGUCAUGCGCGAUGGCGACUUUGUACCAACGCCGUCGAUAAUGCGCCUAGAAGAGCUUUGCAGUGUUGCUAUCGCUAACAUGGACGAUGAAACUUUCGAAGCAGCUCAGCGUGGUGUAUUCGAGAUGGAGAAGGGGUGCGUUGGGCGUUGUGCGUGUAGUAUCUGUCUCGCCUACUUCUAUGACCCGAAGCACCAACAGAGUGGUCAAUGCCAGUACAGGGCGUUGAUGAGUGCACCAGAGGCGUCAAAACUUCUUAGCGACCACACCGAAGAUAUCUUUGCGAGUCAGGCAUAUCUCCGACAGACGAUGCAGCAGCAUGGCGAAGAGAUCCUCUGCUACUGGCGAGCAGCCGAUCAGCGAGCACGCGCAACGCUACUACGCUCAGCGUAUCCCGAAAUACCGCAAAGCAAUAAUUUCGACGUAGGAAAGUCUUUGGAGGAGAUACGGCGCUCAGCAAAUCGAAAAGCUCUACUCUUGCCAUACCUCGAUUUGGAGACACUCGUGAAGGAUCAAGAAGCUCUCGUUGGUCUCGUCCAUCACCGAAAAGAAUCUCAUCCACAAGAGUGGGCACCCUUUGACAACGAACAGUUGCGCAGGUCUUGGACUUUGGGGCUCUAUGAGUCAGAUUUCAAUCACGGUGCCGUCACUUUCCAAGGUUCCAACUAUGGACAAUACACAAGCUGGCAUGCGGACGCCGCCCACCGACUCGACAUAGUCGGCUUUCCUCGUGGAAGAUUAGUCAUCGAGGCUCAGGCUACACUAAUGCUCUUCCUACGACAUGUUGUCAGAGAACUCGUCUAGGUGUCUUGUGGAGUCAAGAUUCCAGCUAAACGCACUCAACGAUCUUCUGUGUCGCUGAAAAUUGAUAGCACCUGGUCUGGAAU